AUGUUUCGACUGCAGACAACCACGAUUGGCAUCACCUCUCGUGAUCUCAACGAUGCCGAACGCCGCAGCCGGUACAGAAAACAUCUCCUGAACCGCCGGCGAACUAACAGAAGGCGGGAUCAUCAUACCCUCUCUGAGCAAGAAGCAACUACAUUUGAAGACGCUCUCAACAGACGGGUAGCAACUCCAAUGCUGGAACCGAUUGCUGAACCAGGUACACGUGCCUCACCAAGUCGAUAUGCGACAGAAGGCGAGGAAGACACAGAUUUACCACCACUGUUGCUUGAAGACGAGACCGAUUAUUCUUACGACCCCACAUUGGAUCUGGAUGCUGAUCAUCGCUCCAACCCCUCGGCCAUAGAGCCAGAGCAGCAUAGAACGAGUCUCCGUUCACGAUCGGGCAGCAUUGCCAACAGAGGUAUCGCAAUUGGUCCUUUGCCUAUCCGCACACGGUUCGACAACACCGAUAACCGAGAAACUGAACAACACGAGGCUGAAUACCAACUCGCAUCUUAUGAUUCUGAAGAUGAGUCCACCGACAACCAUUCCCAACACUCUACAGAACUUGCAGACUUCUUUAGAGAUCCCGAGACGACGAACUCUGCAAUUGCCGAAGAGCUGGAUGAUACGUCUUCUUUGAGGCAUUUGCCAGUAUAUAGUGAUCGCUUACCCAGCCAAGAACAGCCGCAGACACCAAGACAACUACCGGAAGCUCGUCACCAAAGCCGAUUUGAUGGAGCCUACACGGCUCCAAGUCGAGGAAGACGACGGCUGAGAGAAGACUUAGACGACGCACCAGUCACAGUAAGAAGAACGCGCGGUGGGUAUAGCACGAGCCCAGUAGGGUUGAGAACUCCAGGAUUUCAGGGUUUGUAUGGGGGCAGUGAGAAUGCCGACGAUGCUUGA